AUGGAUCUGGAAGAACUUGAGCGUUCAGCAGGCACCCUUCCGGUACCAGGAUCUUCACAGGGAGCCGUUGGGAAGCUGAAGAACACGAACAGUGAUUCGACAUUACCAAAGAAAGUGUGUCGGGUUGCGAAUUCAACACUGAACUUUUCCGUAAAUACGAUAAAUACUUUCUCGAUUUUAAGUAGUAGUGUUGAUGAAAAAAGUGAAAGUGCACCCGAGAAUACUCAAACUGCUCCGGCAUCUCAAAACAAAGAAAAGAAAAAAUCCUCCCCCCAUUGUGGUCAGUGGCGUUUCAGGCAGCACAAGCAGUCGUGGACCCAAAGGCCGCUGGUUUCCACUCUUUUGAAAUCCAAAAAAUCAAGGAUGGAGUUAAGAUCUUUCCAAGAAUCUUGGAGGUCCAUUCUGGCAUUAAAGAAUAUCUAG